AAGAAAUGUCACAGCCUUUGCAAAUUAAUUAAUUGAAAAUAACAUACAAUUAAUAUAAAUUGUACAAAAUGGCAUCUUUUUAAUAAUAAAUCAUCCGACAAAUUAUUUAAAUCUAAUGAUUUUAUUUAUUUCUAGAUUCGUAAGAUACCUAGCUAUAAGUGUUUAAAUUAUUUGGUGUUUAAAGUAUUUGUACUCCGUUUUCAGUAUAGAUAUUAUUUCGAUAAGACUGAUGUGGCCCAAUAGUGUCACGUUAUAGUUUUCACAUAAGCUAAAAUAAUGAUUUUGUGAUUUCGAGUUGUUGUAUUAUUUGAAACCAAAAUGGCAUAUCAAUCUUUACUGCAAGAAUACAUGCUAAUACCCCCAGUAACCAGGGUAUACACAACAGCUUGCGUCAUUACUACAUUGGCUGUCCAACUAGAUCUGGUUUCACCAUUCCAGCUUUACUUUAAUCCUACACUAAUCCUCUAUAGGUAUCAGAUAUGGCGGUUUAUAACUACAUUCCUUUUCUUUGGGAACUUAGGAUUUAAUUUCUUUUUCAAUAUGAUAUUCACAUAUAGAUAUUGUAGAAUGUUAGAGGAAGGAUCAUUUAGAGGGAGGACUGCUGAUUUUGUUGUGAUGUUUUUCUUUGGUGCUGUGCUGAUGAUUUUUUGUGCAUUUUUCAUUAAUUUAUUAUUCUUAGGACAAGCAUUCACAAUAAUGAUUGUCUAUGUUUGGUCUCGACGAAAUGUAUUUAUACGAUUAAAUUUCUUUGGCCUCAUGAAUUUCCAAGCUCCUUACUUGCCAUUUGUUCUACUUGGAUUUUCUGUGCUCCUUGGUAAUGCUAUAUCUGUCGAUUUGGUGGGAAUGGCCAUUGGACACAUAUAUUUCUUUUUGGAAGAUGUUUGGCCUCGUCAAUCUCGAGGGCAGAAGCUAUUGAAGACACCCAAGUUUCUAAAAAAACUAUUUGAUCCCGAACCUGAAAGGGAAUAUGCCCCAUUACCGGAAUUAGCGAACGUUCGUCCUGGAGGAUUUGACUGGCGUCGUCGAGAUGAAGACAAUCCUAACGAAGGCAAUGGAUAAAAUGAGAAUAGAACCAUUUUUUUAGUACAAGAGCCAAACCAAAUCCAUUUUUUAUUUAGAUUUUAAAUUUAAUUUUAAACAAGACAAAGGGACAUUCAUUAUAUAAAAAGUAUCAAGCACAAACUGCUCCAUUUUUUUGCCCUGUGUGUAAAAUAAUUUUAUCUAA